CAAUUGUCACUACUGGCCAGAAUUUCGUGCGACGUACACGGAGCGAAAAACGGGACUGGACAUUUUUACUCCAUUUUUUAAUUGACAGAGCAGAUAAAAAAAAACUGCAAAGAUGGCAGAAACCCAAGAAAUUGAUCUGAUCAAUCGUGAUCCAAACAACAUGUAUGACUACAUGACGGUGGACUUUGAAGAAAUCUUCGCCGAGCCCGAUGGAACCCACAGCAUUGACUGCGUUUGGACCAACUCUCACAAGUGCUUCACUUGUGGGAAAAACCUCUGCUACAAGAUUCUCACGUUCCUCUGUGGCAUCUUCAUCGCCCUCUGCUGGGGCUGCGAGUUCGCUGGCAUCGCUUUCGACCAUAUCUGGUACUAUACCCCGAUGUACAAGGCAUGCGAAAUCAACUUGGGCUGCUUCAAGAAGUUCUAUUCCACUUGCAUCCACUGUCUCUGUGAUCCGAUGUGCGAAGCCUGCAGCUUGCUAUUCUCGGCCUUCAAGAAAUAGUUAAACAUGGCACGCAGCAAAGACGAGGCGGUCCCUGAAUGGUUAAAAAAGUUCUCGGGAUUAUGUCGUCAAUAAUGCAUACGGCCUUCCCUUAGAGUCUCUUUUUUUCCAUAGCAAAACAUAUUCAUACUAUGCAAUUCGGAAACCUUAAAUAUAGAAAUUCUUAAUCUGGUCUCUAGUCUUAAUAUUUGUGAUUUUGCGUAUCCUCUCCUUUGUUGUUGUACUUGUUGUUGUUGUUGUUGUGUGGCUGGAAUUAAGAUUUAACUUUAACUAUCGAUUUGUAAAGUUUAUUUCACUCUUUUUCUGAUGCUGUGAUAUUGUAAGCAAGAAUAUACUUCUUUGUCAAGGACCUGUGUAAUUACAGUUAAUAUGUAUUAACAUUUAACGAUUUUGUAGAUCUUUGAAAUACAUGAGUUCAACUUGAUUA